GCAGCACUGGAUGAUGACACGUUGGGAUGAUUGUGUCUUUCAUUUGCCACAUAAUCCUGUGGGCGAAGACGGAAUAACCCGCAUCCUUUGUCCUUUUAAGGGUGACUGGGUGGAAUCCUAAGUAUGAUAACCCGCCCCCAUUUUCUUGCUUUUUUUUGCAUCACUCUCUCUCAGUCUGCCCCCUCCCCCUUCAUAUGCCAUUGGGGUAUGUAGCUCCGCCCACCAAGGUCUGGACCAAUACUGCCAAAGCUGCACGGAGGCCACUCCCGUAGUCUCCUCCUCCUUCCUCUGCUUUCCCUUCAGCCUCUUCCUCACCGUCCCCCUCCUUUCCUUCUCCUCCCAGAUGGACCGUGCCCUUUCCUUUCUGUGGACUCGGAGAGGACUCGUACCAUGGUCAGCUUCUUCCUGGGCCUGCCAUGCUGACACCUCCGCUCCAUUCCUCUAUUCCUGCUGUUCUCCAUUGGUUCCGAUGUCUGUCUCCAUGGCCAAGCGCGAGAGCGGCAGCACCAGCCCGGUGGUGAGGCAGAUAGACAAGCAGUUCCUGGUCUGCAGUAUCUGCCUGGACCGCUACCACAACCCCAAAGUGCUUCCCUGCCUGCACACCUUCUGUGAGAGAUGUCUCCAAAACUACAUCCCGCCCCAGUCCCUCACGCUGUCCUGUCCAGUGUGCCGACAGACGUCUAUUUUGCCGGAGAAGGGCGUGGCUGCUCUGCAGAACAACUUCUUUAUCACCAACCUGAUGGAGGUCCUGCAGCGAGACCCCGAGUGCAGCCGACCCGAGGCUUGCAACGUCCUGGAGUCAGCCAGCGCCGCCACAGCCUGCCAGCCUCUUUCCUGUCCCAACCACGAGGGCAAGGUGAUGGAGUUCUACUGCGAGUCGUGUGAGACGGCCAUGUGUCUGGAGUGCACGGAAGGCGAGCACAGGGAACAUGUGACGGUUCCUCUGAGGGACGUUUUAGAACAACACAAAUCUGUGCUGAAGAACCAGCUGGACGCCGUGUGCAACAGACUCCCACAGCUGACGGCCGCCAUAGAACUCGUCAAUCAGAUCUCCAAACAGCUCAUGGACAGGAAGAACGGCGCCGUGACGGAGAUCAAUGCUACCUUUGAUGAGCUGGAGAAGGCGUUACAUCACCGCAAGAAUGCUCUCAUCACCGAGGUGGAGAACAUCUGCAGCACCAAGCAGAAGGUCCUCCAAGGCCAGCUGACGUCACUACUCCAGGGCAAGGAGAACAUCCAAAGCAGCUGUGACUUCACCGAGCAGGCCCUGAGCCACGGCAGCGCCACUGAGGUCCUUCUGGUCCAGAAGCAGAUGGGGGAACGGAUCAGCGCCCUGGCACGCUACACCUUCCCCGAGUACCCCCACGAAAACGGACACCUGGAGUGCCAGGUGGAGACGGACGGCCUGCGUCGCUCCAUCCAGAACCUCGGGGUCCUGAUCACCACGGGCGCCGUGGGGCACACCAGCGUGGCGACCGGCGAGGGCCUGCGUCACGCGCUGGUGGGCCAGCACACCGGCGUCACCGUCACCACCAAGGACAAAGACGGAGAGCUGGUGAAGACCGGCAACGCCGCGCUGAGGGCCGAGAUCGUCUCGGCGGAGGGGGCGCGCGCCGAGGCCGAGGUGGUGGACAACAAGAACGGCACCUACGAGGUGGGCUACACGGUGCGCUGCGAGGGGGAGUUCACCUUCUCCCUGCUGCUGUACGAGCAGCACGUCAGGGGGAGUCCCUUCCGCCUGAGAGCCGUCAAGCCGUCGGACGUCCUGCAGUCGCCCGACGACGUGAAGAGACGUGUUAAGUCCCCCAGCGGGGGAGGAGGACACGUACGCCAGAAGGCCGUACGCAGACCCUCCAGUAUGUACAGCACCACCAAGAAGAAGGAAAAUCCCAUCGAGGACGAGCUGAUCUACAGAGUGGGAACGAGAGGACGAGACAAAGGAGAGUUCACCAACCUUCAAGGCAUCUCCACCUCCAGCAACGCUCGCAUCGUGGUUGCCGACAGCAACAACCAGUGCAUCCAGGUCUUCUCCAACGACGGGCAGUUCAAGAUGAGGUUUGGGGUCAGAGGUCGUUCCCCGGGUCAGCUGCAGCGCCCCACCGGCGUCACGGUGGACAUGAAUGGCGACAUCAUCGUGGCCGACUAUGACAACAGAUGGAUUAGCAUCUUCUCCUCCGAUGGGAAGUUCAAGAAUAAGAUCGGGGCGGGUCGCUUGAUGGGUCCCAAGGGCGUGGCCGUGGACAAGAACGGCCACAUCAUCACGGUGGACAACAAGGCCUGCUGCGUCUUCAUCUUCCAGUCCAACGGCAAGCUGGUCACCAAGUUUGGAGCAAGGGGGACGUCAGACAGACAUUUUGCAGAAAAAAGCGGAGCAAACGUUGCAGUGGAACAAAAGAUGAGUAAAUCAGGCCCCGUCUUCAGUCCUCACUUUGUGGCCGUCAACAACAAGAAUGAAAUAGUCGUCACAGACUUCCACAAUCAUUCUGUCAAGGUGUACAACGCAGACGGCGAGUUCCUAUUUAAGUUUGGCUCUCACGGAGAAGGCAACGGCCAAUUCAACGCCCCGACGGGAGUGGCUGUGGACGCCAACGGGAACAUCAUCGUGGCCGACUGGGGCAACAGUCGCAUACAGGUGUUUGACAGCUCGGGCUCCUUCCUGUCUUACAUCAACACGUCAGCGGACCCCCUGUACGGCCCCCAGGGCCUGGCCCUCACCUCUGACGGUCACGUGGCGGUGGCCGACUCCGGCAACCACUGCUUCAAGGUGUACCGCUACCUGCAGUAAGCUCCGGCAGGCAGGAAGUAGUCCAUCGGCGAGGUGCAAUAACCUUCCUCUCACACACGCUGGUGACCGGGCCUUGUGAAGAACACGGACUGGAGCCUCCCUGGCGGACUGUGGACGGACGGGGUGGAGGUUUAAGGAGUCUUUCAUGAGCCAUAAUGCAUGCAACUUUCAUUCAGUCUCAGUGAAUAGCAAACAUCAGCGUGCGUCAUUGCUUGCUUUCCGCCACCGACUCUUAGGACCACGCUGACAAUUCCAACAAAUACUACUUGGCUGCUAAGAUUACAUAUGGAUUUUCAUAACAGUCAUUAUUUUUCUCACAUCUUGUCUAAAAAUGACAAUUUUUCUUCUAUCCCCAUCAAUUACAAUUCUAAUCUUGUGAUAAUAUGACUUCAUUCACUUAAAAGAAUAGGAUUUUUCCCCACAUAGGAUUACUACCUUUUUUUUUUUGGCAAUUUAUGAUUUUUUUUCUUUUUUUUUUUUUUUCUUUUUGCCACACAUGACAUUUAUUGACAAAUGACAUUUAUUAUUCUUUUCUGGUAAUUACGACAAUAUCAAAAUUUUUCAGAAUUUGUUGCCUCAAACUAUUCAAUUUUUCUGUAAAAUUUUGUUUUUUUUUUGGAAUUAGGUUGUUUUGUUUGCCAUACAUUAUGCUUAUUAUUUUGUGAUAUUGCAACAUUAUUAUUGGAAAAUUUAGAUUUUUGGGGGGCCUUGUAAUAUCAUACCUUUUUUUUAUCAUAAAAUCUAAUUUUUUUCAUAACAUAACAUUUAUUUUCGGAAGAUUUCUUGGUAAAGUUGGGGUUUUUUCCCCCCUGAAUAUUUUUUUUUUAAUAAAUUCUGGGUUUUGUUUAGUAAUAUUGCAACAUAAAUAUUUAAAAAUUCUGAAUUUUUGCCCUGUAAAAUUUCACCUUUUUCUCCCCUCAUAAAAUCUUUUUCUUCUACAAAAAAAACAAUGUAUUUUUGUAAAAUGAAGAAUUUGACUGUUUUUCCCCCAGCGUGGUCCUAAAGUCCUUGCCAGCUUCUGCCACAGCUACUUCCUGCUUCCAGUAUAAUAAACUACACUUCACUUCUCCAGCAAUUGAGCAAGCUUAGAAAGGUCCUCGGCAUCCGUGCAUUGAUUUGUUGUAUGUAGUGUACAUACAUGAAUGUAUAUUGUGUAUAUGAGAUCACGGCGUGUUUGUGCUAAGAGAGAGAGAGAGAGAGAGAGAGAGAGAGAGAGAGAGAGAGAGAGACGGAGAGCAGCACUGAAGGUUU